UGCAGCCGCGCGGGCACACGCUUUCCACUGCAUUUACAUUUGCAUCUUCGCGGUCAGGUGAGUUCCCGCUCUCUCAGGUGAGAAGUUAACGCACGACGCAAAGGUAUCAAGGUGUAAAAAGUGCAUUUACCGGCAAGAUCAUGAGCUUUUAGUUCGCGAAAUACACGAACGGCUUGAAUUAAAAUUUAGCGGUUCGCUGUCUCCAGCUGAACUCUGAGCUUCAGUUCGCUACCAUUUCCAGGUGUGAUCAGCCGCGAUCUUGCACUAUACGAUUUCCAGGUGUAGUCUCUGACGACAAGAAUAGAUCUCGACGCUGGUUUGUUAUUUCUUGUUCUGGUCCCACUACCACCCACUCGCCGGUUCCGUGAUAAAGCGUCCCGCAAGCUCUGCGAAUCAAAACAAAAGGAUCGUUAGUGUGUGCUCACAUUCCUUCAUUGUUUAUUUAUUUACUGAAUCCCAGAAGGGGUCUCGCAAAAACGUAUCCGGAUUUCGUGCUAGACCUCAGUGCUACGCCCAACUACUGAACUGACAAUCGCAACGAAUUGUUUAAAUUCGCGGAAAGGUUUCGCCGAGUUGUUCGUGGUUUACAUCUAAAGGAAAAAAACGUUUCUGUGUUGUUGGAAAAAAUAUAAAUUUCUUUGUUUAGUGACUUCUCAGUGAUAUUGUUGUGUUUUCACUUACGCCACAUAGUCUGGAUUUUUAUUGUAAGUGGCCGUCAGGAUGGAGUCUCCACAGGUCGCGGAUGGUGAUAUGGCUGGUCAGCUGUCGACAAUACGCCUAAGCCGCUAUGAUGCCCAACCAUGGGGUUUCCGUCUACAAGGUGGCUUGGAUUUUGGCACACCACUUAUUGUUCAAAAGGUGAACGGUGGAAGUUUGGCAGAACAAGCAGGUCUUCUUGCUGGUGAUGCUCUCCUUAAAGUUAAUAAUGUUGAUGUCUACAACAUGAGACACAAGGAUGCUCAGGAUCUGAUUGUGCGUUCGGGUAAUUCCUUCGACAUCACAAUUCAGAGGGGUGGCUCUGUAUGGCGUCCACAAGUAACACCAACUGGUUCACUUCCUUCACCAUCUUCUCAUAUCGCUAACAGCGUUCCAACUGUAACAAAGACCUCUCUAUCCCACAAACCACAGGAGGUUCGUCACAUUGGUAGCGGUUACAAUAGUGCUGCUCGUCCAUUCAGCAGUGUAAAUGGAAGCGAUGGCCAAGUCAAGAGCAUUGUCAAUAAACAGUACAAUACCCCAGUUGGCAUUUACAGCGAAGAAGCAAUUGCAGAAACGUUGUCUGCUCAAGCUGAAGUCCUUGCUGGCGGAGUACUCGGUGUUAACUUCAAGAAGAACGAGAAAAUUUACAAUGCUGCGAACUCAGAAGUGCUAAAGAUGCUCCACGAGCAAGAAAACGACCCAGAGCCAGAGUCGCACGCCCCGGCGAAUUUCUUCUGGACGGCAAGUCAUGCAGUUGGUGGUGCGGCAGGUGUUAAAUCGCAUCAUAGAGAAGAAGAUCACCACCAACCCCAACCACUAUCAUCGCAAAGACCACAUGAGGAUGAACGUAUUGGAACCCUGCUCUUACAAAAUACUCUGGCCCCCGGGGCAGCUCAUCGACCAAGCCUUCCGACUCCAGCUCCAGCUCCAGCUCCAACUUUCUCUUCAUAUGGGCCGGAGUCAACUUACCAACCCCAACCACCUGCAGCUCCAGCUCCAAUUCUCUCUUCAUAUGGGCCGGAGUCAACUUACCAACCCCAACCACCUGCAGCUCCAGCUCCAACUCUCUCUUCAUAUGUGCCGGACUCAACAUACCAACCCCAACCACCUUCAGCUCCAGCCCCUUCAUCUGCACCACCUGCAUCUGUUCCAACGCCCGGUGCUCCUGCGAGUACUGAAGUUAAUCCGAAAACUGGAGGUGGCAUGGCAUGCGAUAGCUGCGGUGUGUCGAUUGCUGGUGUCUUUGUACGCAUUAAGGAUAAAAAUCUUCAUUCGGAAUGCUUCAAGUGUGCUACGUGUGGCACGAAUUUGAAGAAUCAAGGAUACUUCAAUUUCAAUAAUAAACUGUAUUGUGACAUUCAUGCACGUCUCGCUGCCAUGAAUAAUCCACCAAAAGGCACUGAGGGUUAUACACCAGUGCCAAUAAAACCGGCUACCAAAUUGAGCGCAUCCACCAUUUCUGCUGCUUUGGAUUCUCAUACCCAACACAACGGAUCUGGCCAUGAAUCAAACGCAAAUAUAACAUCAAUUAUGUCACCGCUGUCCCAUACCCACUCGCGAACAAGUAGUUCGUCUUCCUCGAUACAUAGCAGCGCUGGAAUAUCCUCGUCACACUCAACCAUGAGCAGUCUAAGUCCUGAUAAAUCCACAAUGUCGCCAGAAAAACUAUCACCGGCACAUUCGCGACAAUCCAGUGAAAAUGGUAGUACAAAUGUUUUCGGCCACCACCAACUCCAUCCGAUAUCCGGUGCCGGAGCAAUCCGUACAAAUUCCAGAACAAUGAGUCCUGUCAUGUCAUCGCCACCCCCACCACCGCCACCACCGCUUCCAUUCGAUUCAAUAUCGCCACCAGCUGCAACAAUAACUUACAGUAACGAGCUAACAAUUAAUCACAAACGAAAUGAGAACGAUGUGAAUAACGGUAGCAAGAUCAACAACAAUGGCGUCGUUGAAUGCAGUGCAAAUGGUGGACAAAAACCGAACAAUGGCGGGUGCAUUAGUAACGGUUACACGAACGGUGGUCAUGACAGUCACAGUGGCUCAAUAAAUGGUGCCCCGGAAACUGGUGGUGAUAGCGGACAACAUGUACUACCACAAACCAACGUCUAUAAUAAAUUCUUGAAAAAAUAUGCAAAUAAAAUGCAAAGCGAUUUUCUUGACGGUAGCAACCAUAAAUCAAAUCCUGCUACGACACCAUCAACGACUACAAGACCCACAGAAAUAACGACAUCAAAAUCUGAUAAAAUUAAUGACUCUAGUGAAAAUAAUAAUUUGGUAAAAAUGGCGUCCACACUUUCCACACCCUUCUCGUCAACGACAAACGGUUAUGUAGAAAAUGGUGAAUCAAUUUACGGGACAAUUCGGCCAGAAUCACGAAGAAAAUCCAAUGAGGAUUUCAAGUAUGUAACAUUGGACGGGAGUGUGAUCAGGAGCGUUAUACCGCCCGGUAAGGGAGUUAAAACGAACUACAAGCUCAACACAGGCUAUGGCGGACCAAAACCCUUCAACUCUAGUCCAAUGAGUCCACCAAUGCGUGGACCACAAUCGCCAUCAACUUAUCCACCACCAACUAGCGUUCAAAGUUGGGAUCAGCCAAGAUCCCAACCGAAAUCGCAAAUCAACCCUUACGCUACGUUGCCAAGGACGACUGGACAUUCGCAAGCAGGCCGCUUCAACACAUACAAACCAGGGUUUAACACUUACAGAGGUAAUACUAACCUCGCACCUGCUCCAAGCUUGCCAGCUAUUGCGGAUGACAAUCCGCAAAUUUCAAGAAAGGUAGGAGAUGCAGACACAUUUGAUUUACCACCACCGCCACCACCACUGCCUGGCGCUUUGAGUACAGUAGACUCGCAGAGUCAAGCCGUGAAGCCAGUCAAAACCGUUUCUACAACAGGAAACCGAACCGCAAAGCCUUUCCGACCAGGACCAGCCACUGAGAUGCUCACAAGCACUCUCGAAAAAGUCGACAUCAACGACAAACAGAAAUUCCGAGACGAGGCUGGAAAAAUUAUUUCAGCAAUGUUGGAAAGUAGAUUGGCGCAACAAACCAAUCAAAGUCUUACCAAAGACCUGGAUACAGAUCAUCCUAUGAAAAAAAUAAUCGACGUCUGCGACAAACCCCAACCCAAUCAACAUUCAGUGGAUGUUAGUGGGGAAGCAAAUGGGAAGCAAACAGCUGGCCUCACCCUAGAAGUCUCUCCAGACGGUAAGAUUUUAUCCGGAAGUCCCACAGAGUUUGGGCCAUCAGAAAGUGUGGUAUAUCGUAACAAAUCUACUAAUCCAACUGGCAAGCGUGAGCUCAGUACGCAUGCGUUCGAUAGGCGUUCGUAUAUAGAUACUAACAGCAAUAAUCAAGAGACAAGCAAUCCCGAGGUAAACGGAAAUACCGAAAAUACAACAACCCUAGUCAGCGAUUUGAAGGACGGUAAGGAACCUGUGUGUUGUCAGUGUAACACUAAAAUCACCAGAGGACCUUUCAUCACCGCUCUCGGACGCAUCUGGUGCCCCGACCAUUUCGUGUGCGUUAACGCCAAUUGCCGUCGUCCACUCCAGGACAUUGGCUUUGUUGAAGAGAAAGGUGAACUCUACUGCGAGUUCUGCUUCGAAAGAUAUUUGGCCCCAACUUGUAGCAAAUGCGCCAAUAAAAUUAAGGGUGACUGCUUGAAUGCUAUUGGAAAGCACUACCAUCCCGAAUGCUUCACUUGCUCCUAUUGUGGCAAACUUUUCGGCAACAGUCCAUUCUUCCUGGAAGAAGGUGAACCCUACUGCGAGGCCGAUUGGAAUGAGCUCUUCACAACCAAAUGCUUCGCUUGUGGCUUCCCAGUCGAAGCUGGUGACAGAUGGGUUGAAGCUUUGAACCACAACUAUCACAGUCAAUGCUUCAAUUGCACGAUGUGCAAAAAGAACUUGGAAGGACAGAGUUUCUACAACAAAGGAGGACGUCCAUUCUGCAAAAACCAUGCUCGUUAAGCAAAAGUACCCUCCAACGAAACCCCUAAAACCUCCAACAACUGCGUAGCGGAACAACAUCUACCGCGUUAUGUGAAAUAUAAAUUCAUCAAUGUUAUCUAAAUUAUUUUUGUGCGAACCUAAAUAAUAUUAUAGUUAUUUCUUUUACGUUAUAAGUGGUAUCAAAACCAAGCAGCUCACCACCCUGCGAAAUUUCAACCCUCAACGAAAAAUAACAACCUAAAUCGAACAUUUUUAUUUCAUUCUGCUAAGGACAUGCCAAAAUUUGUCUAAGUGAAACUUCAAAAUUGUCAAACAAUUUCAAGUUUGUUUAUCGCUUGCAUAUAUACACACAUACAUCGAGCUACUAACACAGAAUGGCCAAAGUAGCGACCAUUUAUUGGGAAUACUUUCUGCUAAUCAUUAUUUCAUUUUAAUAUUAGGAAGGACAUCAAACAUAAAUCCAAGCGCGCAGGUAUCCUUGUGAUUCAGUUACAGUUCUCCUUUGCUGCUUCUUUCCGCACAACAAGGAUACUGGCUGUUAGUUUCAUUAUUAUCAUUAUUUUAUUUUGUUGACUAUAAAACUUAAGCACUUUAAACUUUAAAAGGAAUUAUUAAUAUUGAAUGUAAUGUAAAAAAUAUUGUUGCUCUGCUUGUAAAGAAAAGUUAAAAGCAAGAAAAAAAUCGAAAACUCUUGUCGAAAUGCUUUUUGAGUUUGUAAAGUUAUAAAUACACGAAUAAAAUAUUUUUUUCUCGUAGAAA